AGAAAGAUGACUAAGACCUGUCUGAAGUCUAUUCUGUGGUCACCAUUAAUAGACAAUAUUACUUGUUUGUCUUUGUGUAUCUGUGCUGUGUCAAUUUCAGUCGUAAAAAAUAUUAUAGUGUGUGAAUUUUUUUGCACUUAUCUACUACUACUUUUAUUUGAAACCAUUAUAACGAUUACCUUGUGAUUUAACGAGAACAUUAAUUUAAAUCUAAAUAUUGGGUAGUAUUAUUGAAGAAUGGAUUGCCUUGUGGGAUACGGUAGCGACGAUGAGAAUGAGUCCGAACGCUAUGGAAGCCAACAACCAUUGGUGGCAGCGGGAGGCUCUGGCGCCCGCCGCAGGGACGACGAUACCAACUACGAUGACGUCAACAUGGACAUGAGCGAGGAUUCCCAGGACGAGUCAGAGCCCGAGCUGCCGCAGGCUGAGCCAACGCCACAUCCGCAUUCAUCACGCGAAGAACGGCCGUCCAAUGACAACCGGGAUCGUGAACGCGAAAGGGAUCGCGAUCGUGACCGCGGUGACCGUGAGUUCGAUCGGCGUGACAGACGUCGCGAGUCUCCCGCCCGACCGCGCGACAGGGAACGCUCCGACAGGCGCUCUCCGCGCAGGGAUGAUAAAUACAGGUCAGAUCGCGAGCGUGACCGCGGACGCCCGAACGAUGGCAUCCGUCGCGGUCUUCUGGGUGAUCGGCCGGAUGACCGGGAGAAAGUUCCUUCCCUGCUGGACGUGAAACCUUACGGCUGUGAAAUCCCACCGCCGGUGGACAGAAGAUCUCAUGACGCUAGAGAUGCUGUGUCUCCUAGAUUCAUAGACCGCGAGCGCCGCGAUAAAGAAAGAGACAGAGAACGCGAGCGUGACAGAGAUCGCCAUAGCAGGCGUUCAGAGGAAAGACGGUCUUCAAGCCACAGACACGACCGUCGCGAUCGUUCUCGCUCGUCGUCCCGCGGUGCUCAGUACGGACCCGGACACUCCUCAGACCGACGCUCAUCCCCACCUGGAGGAGAUUACAGACCUUCCUCCUACAAAGUCAACAGAAAACUUGAAGUCAUGGAGAAGAUGGGUCUUCAAAUCAAAACGCCCGAUGGGUCAAUGGCGACAGCUCAACAAUUGCGCGCGGCCGCCAGCGAAGUCCCGACCCAAGGGUCCCACCUUCCGUCAUACUACAACCCUACUGCUGUCAAUGCUAAUAAAAUUAUGGAUCAGGUACAAAAACGCAAGCUAUUGUGGUCAAAUAAAAACAAAUCCGAAGCUGAAGAGGCUGCCAAGUGGAGUGGAACAAGAUUCGCACAGGACUCUGAUGGCAAACAGGUGUCCAAGUUCAUGAGGCUCAUGGGAAUCAAGGAACCAGCUGCCGUUAAGAACGAGGCUCCAGAAAAAGCAGUCGAUCCGAUCAAAAAGCAAGAAGAACUCUUCCAAGCAAUGCAAGCUCAGUAUGAAGUUGCUCGAGCUACCACACACACCAUGCGGGGAGUGGGACUGGGCUUCCAACGGGGACAGUACUAGCGCCAGUGUAUGCCUAGCGGCGUUUACAUUGCGAACAGAUAACGAUAGUGCUUGCCUAGUGAGACAUACGUUGGUAUAUUUGGCCUCAGGCUAUGUCCCAAUGGGAGCUAAUGUUUUUAUGUACACCAUAAAUAUGGCACUAGUGUUGACCUUACGCCUUUUCUUCCAAUAGGGAAUAGGCUAGUCUCACGCCUUUAGACGUGUUAACAAACUCCUUGCUUAGUUCAGAUAAAAAACAAUAGCCCUUAUUGCCCAAAAGGGGUGGACAUAGUACUUAUAUACAGUACACUCAAUAUGUAAGCACCUAAUUGGUGUUAUACAAAGAAUUGUUAAUUAGAUGCCAAGAUAUAAGUUAAUGUAUUGUGUGUUUGUAAGGCUAUGUCAUCCUCAGCCUGGCACAUCAGUUGUGUGAUAAGUGACUUCAUAUAGCUUGCUUUCACAUUUCGUAAGUGUAAGCUACUACAUAUAUAAUUUCUUCGGGUUCUAUCUUAUUUUGUGCGUGUUUUGGGCCAUUUUUUGUCAACCAAUUUGGUACAAAUGUAUAUAAAUACUGCCACUAUUGUUUGUACUAGCUAUGAUUGAAGUAUUACAAAAAUAUUCUAUCAUUUGUUGAUCUAUUGAUCUUAUGAAUUUGAAACUUAUGGUGUAUCAUACUAAAGUAUGGUAAUGGAUAGAGGAAAGGAUUUGACGAUUAAUGGAUAGUGUUGUAGCCUUUAUAAUAUUAGGUAUGAAGCACUAAG